CGUGUGGCUGCUCGCUGAAGAAACCGCGCUGGGCGAUGGAUAGCCAGCAGGUUGCUGGAAGACACCGUGUGAGUCGUCAAGUACCCGCUUUGCGCCUGCUUGCUCAACGCCUUCCUCCUGCCUCCAUAUCUCUGCGCCCGUCUGCACAUUCCUCACACCCUCUCCCAUCCCCAACUCCCAGCACGCCGCAGUUGAACCUAUCCGACGUCCAGUCAGCCCACCGAUAGCAGCCACGAGCUCCCAUUAGCUUGUCCGCGACCAAGAACUGCCCUCUUCAGGUUUCAGAAAAAAAGCUUCUCAUCAUGCCUCACGCAACCGAGACCCUCACCAACGGCGACAAGCCACAGUCCAAGUUCCUGUCCCACAUCACCUCCUACCCAGCCGUGCACGACGGCAUCGAGACCUACAAGACCAACCCGUACGGCAAGAAGUCAAUCGAGAUUGCUGAUGGUGUCUACACUCGCUUCGGCAAGCCAGUCGAGCCAUACCUGCAGAGACCAGCAGGAUACGCAGCUCCUUACCUUCAGAAGGCUGAUGAGCUGGCCGACUCUGGCCUCACACAAGUCGAGACUCGCUUUCCCAUCGUGAAGGAGGACACCGACAAGGUCGUUGAAGCUGCCAAGAGUUCCAUCCUCGCUCCUGUCGUCUACUUGUACGGCACAUGGCAGGACGAGUACACCAAGACUGCUCGACACAACGACCGCGGUGCUGGUCUUACCACUCUCAUCCUGGCACUCGUCAGCACCAACCUCAAGAUUGCUUCCGACGUCUUCCAGGUCAUCGCCGACACAUUAGGCCCAAAGUACGAAGAGAGCAAGAAGAAGUCUGCCGACUACGUCAACAAUGCCCAGGACCAUCUUAACAACUUGAAGAACAACGCCUCCGGCAAGUUCAACGACGCUCAAAAAUAUGGCCAGGACAAGUACAACGAGGCUCAAAAGUACGGCCAGGAGAAGUACGAUGAGGCUCAAAAGUACGGCAAUGAGAAGAAGGACCAAGCCAAGCAGACCAAGGACGAGGCAAAGGACCAGGCAAAGCAGACCAAGGACGAGGCCAAGAAGCAGGCGAACAAGUAGACGCCACCCUCCCUCCUCCAGAACUGCCGACUUACGGGCUGUAAUGUCUUUUGUUUUGCGUUGAUGGCUGAUGCGGUGUUCAUCAUAUGUACAGGACGAAUCCGCGGCCCACUCGGAUCCGCAUCAAGCCAAAGAAUGGAACGAGGAGCAAGCAGCAGAAUGCAGGAUUAGUAGAAGCUCCUCAUGUUGGCGCGGGUUUAGACGAAAUAUGGUGGGGACCUCGUCCUUAGAACGGGAGCGAGAGCAUGCGAUUCUUGUCUGUUGCGAGCAUGUUUUUCCAGCUGUCCGUUCUCGGUGCUACUGUUGUUGUCGAUGAUAUGAAAGAAGCGAUACCACAUGUAUUUAUGCAUAGACUUUAUUACCUUAGCGAGGAACGCUCAGAUUGCACUUGCAUUGCCAUGGUCGAUAC